AUGCAGUUCUUUUCCGUCUCCCUACUUUUCACCCUCCUGUUGCUCGCCUGUUGCAGCAGCUCUGUCUUCAGCUAUGGUGGCGGUGGUGGUCAUCGAAGUGGACUUUUCCGAUCCUAUGGUGGUGGUGGUGGACACAAAGGAGGUUAUGGAGGAGGCUAUGGAGGCUAUGGAGGCGGCCAUGGUUUUGGGUCCGGAAAAGGUUAUGGAGGACAUGGUUUUGGAAACAACUACGGCGGUGGUCAUGGUGGUGGUUUUGGCGGCGGCCAUGGUGGCGGUUACCACGGGUAA